AUGCUGGGCGCACAGCCGGGGCAGCGCGUGCAGGCGGGAAGUGAGGAGCGCUGUGCACAAAGGGAAAGGGGGGCGGGGCAGGGGAGUGGGGGAGGCGUGGCAGGGGAGUGGGGGAGGCGUGGCAGGGGAGUGGGGGAGGCGUGGCAGGGGAGUGGGGGAGGCGUGGCAGGGGAGUGGGGGAGGCGUGGCAGGGGAGUGGGGGAGGCGGGGCAGGGGAGUGGGGGAGGCGGGGCAGGGGAGUGGGGGAGGCGGGGCAGGGGAGUGGGGGAGGCGGGGCAGGGGAGUGGGGGAGGCGGGGCAGGGGAGUGGGGGAGGCGUGGCAGGGGAGUGGGGGAGGCGUGGCAGGGGAGUGGGGGAGGCGUGGCAGGGGAGUGGGGGAGGCGGGGCAGGGGAGUGGGGGAGGCGGGGCAGGGGAGUGGGGGAGGCGGGGCAGGGGAGUGGGGGAGGCGGGGCAGGGGAGUGGGGGAGGCGGGGCAGGGGAGUGGGGGAGGCGGGGCAGGGGAGUGGGGGAGGCGGGGCAGGGGAGUGGGGGAGGCGGGGCAGGGGAGUGGGGGUGGCGGGGGCAGGAAGCCGUCCCGACUUCCUCUCUCGUCCGCUAAUUCGCCUUCUCCUGUCCGCCCUUCCACUCUCCAUUCCUCCCUCCUCUCUUUCUCUCUCUUUCCCUCCACUUCUCCCGUCCGCCCCUCCUCCCAGUCUCCCUCCUCCCUACCACUCUCUCACCCACUCUUUCUUUCAAUUUUUGAGUCGACUCAAAAAUCGACUUUCUCUCUCUUUCCCUCCACUUCUCCCGUCCGCCCCUCCUCCCAGUCUCCCUCCUCCCUACCACUUCCACCAUGCCGACCUUCUUUUCAAACUGCCACCUUCCGAGCUUCCUAUAGUCCGCCUUUCCGUCUCACCCACUUGUCCUAUCCCUACUUGAAUUCCUCACAUCCUCUCAUCCCCCCUUCUCCCCUUCCACCCUUCCACCCUCCAGCCCUUGCGCUCAUCCUCCCUUCCUCUCAUCCUCCCUUCAUCUCAUCCUCCCGUUCUCUCAUCCUCCCAUCCUCCCUUUCUUCCUUCCCCCCUCCCUUUCUCUCUUCCGCCCUUCCUCCUUGUCUCCCUUGCUCAUUUUCUCCCUCGGCGCAUGCUUAUUUUCCCUGCAUCCCUCGCUGCCAUCCUCCCUUCCUCUCAGCCUCCACACUUCCUCUCGUCAACCAUUCCUCCGCACCCUUCUACCCUGCCACGCCUUGGUAG